AUGAAAGUCACCAGACGGGUUACUGUAGAUGGUGUGUCUACAGUAACCCUAUUGUUGGCAUUGUAUACUUUGGUUGAUUCUAAACAAAGUGACUUUGGAAUUCUAAAGAAUGACUCUAUAUUCGAUGGAGGUACUCAGGGCAACAAGGCGUUUCUGAAAACGAGGCUUUUGGAGAAUCUCAAUAACUUUUUCCCAUCCAUAAAUAAUGAAGAACGAUUGGAAAUGUUAACUGGAUCCUCUAAAUCUAAGGAGGAGGACUUGGAUGACUCUAACCAGGAGCUGACAGAUAAUUCGGUCACUGCCCCACCUCCACCUGAAUUCCCAACUCUGAUCCCCUCCAGUGAGCCAGAAGAAGAAUUUCCGACAUCUUCUGUAGAAUCUUCCAAAAUCAGAAGUGAAGGAAGAAUUACAUCUGAAACUAAACUGGAUUCAAUACGAGAUUGGAGGAAACGUCUGUAUAAAGCUUUCAAGAAUCGCUCAAAAAUGUCCAGGAUCAUCAGGAAGUCUCCAUCAGAAGAAGUCGUUGAAAUGAAUGAUGCCUCCCCAACUAUAAUGGACAAAAACCGACAGAUAAUCCUGUCAAGAACGGAACCCAACUGGCAAUCCUUAUCAUCUGGAAAACACAUCCAAACCUAUGGAAGAGAUCCAAAUGGAAAACUCAUCCCGCUGUUUGGAAUCGAACCAGCAGCACCACAAGUAGAACAGAAAGUUAUAGAACCAUACCCUCCAAGAGAAAUUCGCUAUGCUUACCGUACUACCCACCGACAACCAGUAGUUUAUGUGCCUGCUGCUCCUGCUCCGGCUCCACCGCAGAACACGAUUCCAGUUCCAGUGGCUUCCUAUCUAGCCAACCCUUCUCCUCAGCCCAUCCAACUACACAUACUCCCUCCAAUUCCAUCACCACCAGCUCCUCAACCUCAGAUCAUCUACCAGCAGACCACACAAGCUCCUCAGUUCUUCACAUUCUCUACAUUUGCUCCAACUACGGAUAAUCAAAAUGAUUGUAGUAAUGGACAGUGUCGACCCGAGUCGGAUGAUGAGAAGUGUAAUAGUCAGAGAUUGAGAACUAUCAUUUUUAAUAACAUUGUGAAUGGCGAUGCGGAAGCUUCAAAACGAGCUGUCCAAAGUGCCGCCGAAGCGGACACCGGCUUAUUCUUUGACGCCAUCUGUGGAACUGGAUUCUUCUCCUACAUUGCUCAUACCGACGAAUUCUGCUUAGCAUCGUCUGGAGGUGUCAACUGCUACGUCUUCGCUCCAAUAUGUCAAGGAGGUGAUGAGCAGAGGAAGAAGAAGUUGAGCAAGAAUUGA